GGCCAGUAAUUUGUUCAAAUUCCAAAUCUACGUGGGUUCGAUGAAAUUCAUCGGAUGGAAGGAGGAGAAGGAGAGAUAUUUCAAAAGUAAAUAUACUCCUAUUCUCCUCUUCUGCAUCAACACCACGUUGCAUAUCUCUCCCAUAUUAUUUCAGUCUCUACUGCUAGGUUAUUUGUGUGCUGUGCUCAAAUGCUGCCUUCUUUAUGUUUUUAAUAUCGGUGCUGCGUUAUGCACUCUUUCUCCUUGUGCCUCUCUCCUUGACCUUCACCUCUUAUCUUUACUUAUAUCCUGCAUUCCAUGGUUGCGCUUUUCCUUCUCCUGAAUACGAUGCUUCAGAAGCAUACGUCAAUACACUUCGUCAGCACACGCUUCCAAAUUUGUAUGAUGCCACAAAGGUAGCACCGUUCAGGCUCCUGGCUUUGGGGGAUCCUCAACUCGAGGGUGAAUCAUCCAUACGAGAUAUCGAUUCUGUCAAUUUGCCCAAUUUGAAGAAAUUCUUUGAAGACUCGGGGAUAUUCAGCGGCAUGACACAUAGCCCUCUACAGCGUGUGCGACACAGCCUCCAUGAUAUCAUAGAUUUCUGGCUCGACGAUCUUCCCAAGGCUUUCGAGGUUUACCGCAAACGAUUUGACCACAUUGGCAAUGAUUAUUACUUAGGACAUAUCUACCGUGCAACGCACUGGUGGUUGGACCCUACACAUGUUACGGUACUCGGGGAUCUCGUAGGGAGUCAAUGGAUAGAUGAUGAAGAAUUUGAGGAGCGUGGGCGAAGGUAUUGGACUCGGGUAUUUAAACAUGGAGAACGAAUUCCGGAUGAGAUUAUGUCGCCGCCUGCUUUCGACUUUCAGAAUGCUAUAAUGCUUGGAGAUGAUGCUGCGGCAUGGAAGAAGAGGAUUAUAAACGUGGCAGGUAAUCAUGAUGUUGGGUAUGCUGGAGAUAUUUCAAAGGAUCGAGUUGCUCGAUUUGAGCGCGUCUUUGGGAAAGCGAACUACGAACUUCGGUUUCAGCUACCUUCCAACCAUAAUUCUUCUUCAGUUUCUAUGUCAGAUAUCGAGACAGAUGGGAGGGACAUUCCUGAAAUUAGGAUUAUGAUCCUCAAUGACAUGAAUCUCGAUACCCCCGUAUCGGAUAAAGACCUCCAAGACGAGUCAUAUCAAUUUCUUAAUGACUUGAUAAGUACUUCUCACGCCGUUGAGCGAUCCGCACUCUUUACAUUAGUCCUCACUCACAUCCCAUUGUACAAAGACGGAGGGAUCUGUGUAGACGGACCCUUCUUUGACUUCUUCGAUGGAGAAUUCGAGAAUGGAGUCAAGGAACAAAACCACCUCUCCCGCGAUGCCUCCAAAGGUAUGCUAGAAGGUGUUUUUGGCAUGAGCGGUAAUGCGCAUGUAGACGGACAAGGCAUGGGAAGACAUGGUAUUAUUCUCACUGGUCACGAUCAUGAAGGUUGUGAUAUCUAUCACUACAUCAACCAAAGCUUACCCGAAGAGGACAGAGAGUGGAAGUGCGAUAGAUACCCAGAAGCCAAACAUCUAGUAAAUCAAUCAGGUAUACCCGGACUGCGUGAAGUUACUGUACGGAGCAUGAUGGGGGAUUUCGCUGGAAAUGCGGGGUUACUGAGUUUAUGGUUCGACAAAGAAAGUUGGGAGUGGCAAUUCGAAUUUGCAAAUUGUGGAUUGGGUACUCAGCAUAUUUGGUGGUUUGUGCAUAUUUUGGAUUUCAUCACGGUGAUUGUAAGCAUAGUUUAUGGAGUUUGGCUCGCGGUCUUUAAGGCUUGCUCAAUUUUGGGCCUACAUAAGAAUGGGACGAAAAGCAGGAAAAAGGAGAAGAAAGUAACCUUCGAUAUAAAGCCAGAUACUGGUAUUGAUUCAGAGAAGUCAAGGGGCGGAGCUGACAGCGAUAAUAGAGAAGUUAAGGGAGAAGCCAACAGAAGUCGCAAAUGAGAAGUAGACGAGUCAGGAUCUCUUUUAAUAAUACCCCGGGAAGAUAGAUUAAUUUGGAUAGAUUGUAUUAUCAUAUUUUAUUUUCAAAGCGGAAGUCUCGCUCUACAUGAAUUCACCUUGUUUAUUUUGAAAGGUUUCUGCAUUAGAGUCUUGUUACUAGCAUUUUAUUGUCGAAACAUAUAUUGUCCUACAUAUUUAUUCGCCCUGAGAGACUAAUAUCUCCUCGCUUGACA